AAACGAGCUUUUCCACUACGUCUCUAAAGCCAUCAAAAUUUUUCCGAGUUAAGCCGAGCAGUGAAGAAUCGAAGACAGUUUAUUCACCGGUUAGUCGCUUGUGAUACAUCAACGUUGAAAGUUGUAUUUUAAGGAUCGCUCUCUAGUGUAUUCGUUAAUUUGUGAUAACAUCAAAUUUAUCGCCUAAGACUUAUAUACAAUGGAAACCGCCAAUGCUACUUCUGUCAAGGACUACAAGAAAGUCGGAGCUGAUCUUAAGACACAACUAGAGAGUUUUAAAACGGAAAAUCUUUCGAAAGCUGAUACUCAGGAAAAAAUUGUUCUUCCCACUGCCGAAGAUGUGCAGGCAGAGAAGACUCAAAAGAGUCUAUUCGCUGGCAUUGAAUCAUUCGAUGCCACCAAAUUGAAGCAUGCUGAAACAUGUGAGAAAAAUCCUCUGCCGGAUAAAGAAGCUAUCCAACAAGAAAAGGGUCAGAAAAACUUAAUUAAUUGCAUCGAAUCGUUCGACACUUCCAAGUUGAAACAUACCGAAACACAUGAAAAAAAUCCAUUGCCAACCAAAGAAACGAUCGAAGAAGAAAAAAAAGCUUAAUUGUUCCAAAAAAAACCAUCAGCAAUUAAGGAGACCAUUUCAUUUUACCGCAUAGUAAUAUUACUAAAUGUGCGUCCAUUACAGGACUUAAUUCUAUUGAUCAAUCACUAUCAAAUUAUUUUAUAAAUAUUAAUUCAUCAACGGUAACACAUAAUUUUGGAAACAGUGCUGUCUACAAUUUGGGACUUUUAUCCUUUUUCAUAUUGAGUUAUUUUUAAAACCAUGACACCAGUAGUGAUUAUCAAUUUGAUUGAGAUCCUUUGUGCAUUUCAAAAAUAGAUUAAGUUGGUUCAAUAUCAUGAUACCGAGAGCGGAGUAAAAUAAAAUGAUUUGCUGCAAUUAACAGAUGCAGUAUUAUUCCUAUCACUUAAAUGGUCAUUAAAAAUGCUUUUCAUACAAAUAUGUUUACAUGUUACCAAGAUACAUAUUUCAGAAGCUUCAUUGCGUUGUUGUGCAAAAAUCUAAUAAUGAGGAUGUAUGAAAGUAUCAAAUCGCUUCAGUAUCAGUAAAACUGACAAAAAGUAAUUCAUGGAAACGAAUUCAAACGGAAAAGACUAAAUUUUAUGGAACAAAAUAUAGCAUUAGACUUUUGAUACUAACUGACGAAUAAAAUGUAUAAACAAAA